CAAUAUUUGCCUUUAAAAUGUAGAGACGGCGAAGUAUGAGGCACUAGAAAACAAUCCCCCGGUUGGCCUCCGGGGGAUUGUUUGGGUACAACUUGGCAACCACCAACCAAAAAAAGAGGUUUACGAGUGUUGCGGUUCAAGGAACGAAAGCAAUUUGGACUGUGUUAAAGUAGUAAAUCCUUGCUUGAACACAGUUAAACACUUGAUGUAAUUCCAGGAAAUCUGUUUGAAGAAAUGGGCCGCGAUGGAAAAGUGUCCUGCGUACUCUGUCACCGGUCCGAAGAGACGAAAACAACCGGAUCGUUGUCAACCAAAGACAAAGUCACUGCUCAUGAAAAUUGUUUGGUGUUUGCCUCUGGUAUUUAUUGCAAGUUAUCACCAGAGUUCGACGACCUGUUCGGUUUCUCUGUAAAGGAUGUGGUGAACGAGGUGAAACGUGGAAGCAAACUGCAUUGUAGCAAAUGUGGGGCAAAGGGUGCCACUGCUGGGUGUGAACUCAAACGCUGCAAGAAGUCCUACCACUACCCCUGUGCUGUUGAAGAUGGCGCUGAGUCUAUUGAGGAUGAAGCCACAGGGAAAUACGGGCUGUACUGCUCCAGACACAAACAAGGACAGCAAAAUGACAGCGACUCUGGAAAUGGAUGUACACCUGUCUCCAACAAACCUAAAACCUCCAAAAAUGAUAGUGAAACUGGAUCAUCUAAGGUAUUUUGCCUUGCCUGUGAGAAGAAAGAAGGAAGUAUCAGUUUGGAAAGUUUGGCUAAUAACAUCGUUAAAUUGUAUUGUGACAAACAUGCUCCUUCAUCAUUUAAGAGGAAAGCCAGCGAUGAUCCUACAGCAGCUGGACCGUCUGACGGCAGUGAUUCCAACCCCUCCAGCAAUGUGAUGCAUUUACAUUCAAAGAAACAGCUGAUUUUUAGUGACAAGCAGGGAGAGAAACAUAAAUCUAAAAGAUGCAGAAGGAGAAUAUCAGAUGAUUCUUCAAACUCAGAUGAGAACAAAUCUAACAAAGAUAUGGAAAUAUUUGCCCCUUUGGAGUCGGAUUUAGAAGAGAGUGCAAACGCUGUUCCAGAGAAUGAAUUGUUGACUGUGCUUCAGUUGACCAGAAAACGCACUGAGAGUCCCAGAGGGUCCCCCUCAGCAACUCAGCUUAGAGAUGAGAACAGAGAUGGAAAUGAAGAAGAAGAUGAAAUAGUCAUACCUUCAGAUACUGAUUCAGAGAGUCUGUUGCCUGCUUUGAAGACCUGCACAGAGUCUUCAUCACUUUCGAGAAGUGCUGACCUUUUACCCCAAACAUCAACUGCACAGCCCGUUUUGGUGAUAGCAGCAGAGGGUGAAGAGAGAGAAGAUGAAGGGUCCAGUACUGAGCAGAGAGCUGUCCACAGAACUGAUCGAGGUGCGACUAAACCUGCUUCACGAAGUUCCAUGCCUACCCCUCCCAAUAUGAAACCCUCAGCUCCGGGCACCAGAUCGGCUCCCUCUCCUGUGGUCCCUUGCUCGGACUUGGGGCUCAGCAUCGACUCCAGCAGUUUCUGGAAAAGAUGUAAUGUGGCAGGAUGUACACAGGCCAUCUUCACCGAUUUCAUGAAUGAGAUGAAUCAUAUCUCCAGUCGAAUUCAGUCAGACCAGGCCAGCCAGGAGGAUUAUGAUCGGGCUCUAGCAGUGAUGGAUGCGUCGGGGAAGCUGGAGGAACUUGUGGGCAAGCGGCAGACGGAGUUACAAAGGAGACAAACGGAGCUAACGACGGCAGCAGCAGCUAUGAAUGAGAUUGUCUCAGCGCUUAAGAGAUAAGUCCAUUAGCUGCUAUCUAAGACCAUGUCACUGUUACAUUUAAUGUUCUCAUUUUAUGCUUGUGAUUACCACUUGUUUUUUGUAUUUUAAAUUACCCUCACUGAAAUGUUAAUAAUUUUAGUGUAUAUUUACAAUGUUUUCAUUGAUAAUAUCUUGAUAUUUGAGAGGGCGGAUAGGGCUGGAUAUGGAAAUACGAAACUGCACCAUUAUUGGUUAAUGAUACUUCAAACGUGCUUAAAGAUUUACAAUGUUUCCGUAUUAUUUCAGUCUGUGAUGGUGAUAUUUUAAAAAUCUGUUAAAGCUGUAGUGCUUCCGUUUAUAUGAAAUACAUCUAAUAUCAUGAUAUACUGAAAGUUGAAGAAAACUUGGUUCAAUCAUUACAGAACAUGGAUAACUGAAAAGAAUACUUAAAAAUGUUCCAUAUCCAACCCUAUGACAGGGACCCCAUUAGUCCAAACUUAAAAUAAUUCAGAUUUUUCAUCAUGUCGAACUGAGACAUUGUAUAAUUUUAGCUUUUUCUUAAGGUACUUAAAAUUGAAGAUUGAAAUUUGUAACCUGCUGACUCACAGUAGAAAGAAAAAAAAAACAUUUUGCCAAUAUGUUUAAGAUGUUUCUUGUAAAAAGUAAUUCAUGAAUACAUUUUUUAUAAUGGUUACACAUUAAAACUGCUAAAUGU